AUGGUGAAAAACCUAAGAGACUACCGCAUAAAAGAAGAAUGGUUGUUCUGGACAUUCGAUUAUUUACUUAAAUAUACUUCAUUGGAGGACAGUGUAUCAUUUUAUGAUAUUUCAAAAUCUUGGAAACAAGAUUGCCUACGUAUACGUUUAAAGUCUUCAUUUGAAAACUAUGAUUCAGAAAUACCAAGAAAGAUGUCAAACGAAGAAAUCAAUAAAAUAUUUCCAGGAUUCUAUAUUGGAUCACUGGCAGCAGUGAAACGUGAUAUUCUUGAUGAGUAUCAAAUCACUCAUGUUUUAAGUAUAAUGAAUGGUUAUAAAGCAAAAUGGCCAAAGAUGUAUAAAUGUCAUGUUAUAGAUAUAUUCGAUAUGGAAGGUGUAGAUAUAAAACAGUAUUUCGAUCAGACAUUCGAGUUUAUAGAGGAGGGAAGAAGAGAGGGUGCGGUUUUAGUACAUUGUUUCGCUGGAAUGUCGAGGUCUGCUUCGAUAUGUAUUGCCUAUAUGAUGAGAAAGUUGAACAUUGACUAUAGUGAUGCGCACGGUCUGCUGCUCGAUGCCCGUCGUAUCAUCUAUCCAAACAGAGGAUUUGUCAAACAGCUGAUGGAAUACGAAGAGGAAUUGAUAGAACGAAAGAAACAAGCAGAGAAAGAGGCAAAAAGACAAGCUAAACUGGAAUUGAAACAACAACAACAAUUACAACAGGAAGCUGAACAGCUAGUGACAGAAACAGGCGAGAAAUUAUCGCAAUUACAAGUUGAAUCAUUAGUAGCAGAUGAAGAAGAGGAGGAAGAGGAAGAAGAUGAAGGUGAAAUUAAAUAUUGUUGUAGGAAAUGUGGAAAAGCUUUGUUCUAUCCCAAAGAUAUAUCGAAACACGAUCGUGGAGACGGACAAAAUUCAUUCAAGUGGGGACGUCGUGAGAAAACAAUGAGUGGAUCGGAGGAGUGCACAAGCUACUUCCUCAAGGAGAACGAAUGGGUAGAGUGGAUUACCACUUCACCAGAGACCUACGACGGUAAAAUCAUUUGUGACAAUCCAAAGUGUGGUGAAAAGCUUGGAUCUUGGUCGUGGAGUGGUGCUCAAUGUUCGUGUGGCUCUUGGAUUUCACCGUCUUUCCAGAUUCCAAAGUCGAGAGUCGACGAAAAGUUUGUUAAAAAUCCACCCAUCAUUCCGGUGAAAUCAAAUAACACCAACACCACUGCAUCAAAUUCAACAACAACCAACACCACAUCAAUUUCAAUCAGUUAA